AUGGCCUUCAAGUUCUGGGACCGGUACAGACGCACAAAAUUCCUCGAGCCUUUCAACCGCCAUCCGACGGAUGGCCACACGAAGAUAAUCGGGUUCUUCCAUCCUUACUGCAAUGCCGGCGGCGGUGGCGAGCGCGUCCUAUGGACGGCCGUGGCUGCAAUGCAGCGCUCCAAUCCGAACCUCGUGUGCGCAAUAUAUAGCGGCGACACGGACGCCACCAAAGACGAUAUCAUCGCCAAAGUCCAGUCUCGCUUCGCUAUUACUCUCGACUCUAGAGCACUCGGCUUUGUCUUUCUGCAGUCCAGGUACCUCGUCGAAGACACCACCUGGCCUCGCUUCACAUUGCUCGGGCAGAGUGUAGGCUCAAUGCUGCUCGCGCUAGAGGCAAUGCUGUACUUAAGGCCAGACCUCUACAUCGAUACAAUGGGCUACGCCUUCACAUAUCCUAUCUUUAAAAUCUUUGGCGGGGUGACCUGCGGGGCAUACGUGCACUACCCAACAAUCAGCACCGACAUGCUCGCCCGUGUCGAAUCACGCCGAAAUUGGCACACGAACUCGAGCUGGAUCUCCUCAUCGCCUAUUCUGACGCAGGGAAAGCUACUAUACUACCGAAUUUUCAUGCACUUCUACGCCGUGUCCCUCCGCCAAGCAUCCUUCGUCAUGGCCAACUCCACAUGGACGAAGAACCACGUCGACUCCAUCCUCAAGCAUAACGACCGUUUCAUGAGCAUCCUUCUGUUCCCCUUCUUCCUCACCCUCGCCCUCCUCCCCGGCUCGCGGAAGAGUACUGCCGCCGACUACGCCCUCCGCGUCUACCCGCCCUGCGAUACGACGGAGAUGGCCAAAUACCCUCUGGAGGGCCGCGAACCCAUCAUCAUUAGCGUCGCUCAGUUUCGACCUGAGAAGGAUCAUCCAGCACAGCUGCGUGCACUGUACGAACUGUUCGACGCGCAUCCGGAAUACAGGGAGACUGUACGCCUAAUCCUGAUAGGCGGCAGUCGCAACGCGGAGGACGCGGCGCGAGUAGAGCUCUUGCGAACUCUGGCCGCGAAGCUCGGGAUUCAGGACAGCAUCGAGUUCAGGAUCAACGCGCCAUAUCCCGAUAUGCUCGAAAUGCUCGGCCGAAGCAGCAUAGGGCUGAGCACGAUGGUCGAUGAACACUUCGGUAUCAACGUCGUAGAGUAUAUGGCUGCUGGCGUUAUUCCGCUCGCGCACGCGUCUGCAGGGCCGCUCCUCGACAUCGUCACCCCAUGGGAAGGGCAGCCGACAGGCUUCCACGCGACGACACCACAGGAAUACGCGGAGAAGUUGCACCACAUCUUAACGCUGCCGCCGGACGAGGACCUCGCGAUGCGCGAGCGCGCACGAACGGCGGCCUUGUCGCGCUUCUCAGAAGCCGAGUUCGUGCGGAGGUGGGACAUGAGCGGGUGGCAGAAGUGGCUGGAGGCCGAGUAG